AUGAUGGACUUCAACAUUGGCUUCAUAGGCCUCGGUGCCAUCGGCUAUCCCAUGGCUGCAUCGAUUCGUCGAAAUUUGAAGCGUCAAUCUACCGUUCAUGUCUUUGACGUCAACAAACUAGCCUGUGAGAAGUUUGUUCAGCAAUUUUCAAGCUUUGGACAGGUAGAAGUCGCUGCAAGUCCACGCGAAGUUGCUGCCGCAGUAGAUGUGGUGAUUUCCAUGGUGCCCGGAGCACCAGAAGUAUCGAAGGUCUAUCUCGACGUUGGAGAUGGCAUCAUUUCCGCUCCCAAAAACCCACAAAGACUGUUGAUUGAGUGUAGUACUAUUGAUACUACCACCGCAAGGCACGUGGCAGAUCAGAUACGAAAGGCUUCUCAAGGGACAUAUGUUGAUGCCCCUGUUUCCGGAGGCGUACCAGCAGCGGAAAAGGCGACUCUCUCAUUCAUGAUUGGACGCAAACCUGAUGAUAAGGAAGAUCACUUAUCUCAAAGACUACGUCAGGUAGUUUCAAUGAUGGGCGACCCUGAAAAGCUCUUCUGGUGCGGUGACGUUGGUUCGGGACUUGCUGCUAAGAUCAGCAACAACUACAUCUCCUGCUCUGUUCUACUUCUGAUAUCUGAAGCUAUGGCAAUCGGAGUAAAGUCUGGAGUGGAUCCAAAGAUGCUUCAGACAAUUAUUCACAACUCUACCGGUCAAACAUUCAUGGGAGAUAAUGUCUGUCCAGUCCCUGGCGUCAUCCCACAUGCCCCUAGUAGUAAUAACUGGAGGCUGGGGUUCAAGACUCAGAUGUUUCUCAAGGAUCUGUCUCUGGGCAUUGAUGCUGCAAAACAGGAGAAUAUCCAGCCGACGAUGGCAGAAGCGGCCUAUGAAGUAUUUGAAAAAGCCUCCAAGGACCCCCGCUGUAUCGAUCGUGACGGCUCCUCGGUCUACCUUUACGUCACAAACUCAAAGACUUAA